CAAAAGUAAAACAGGAGGGGGCUGGGGGUAUAGCUUAGUUGGUAGAGUGCUUGCCUUGCAUACACAAGGCCCUGGGUUCAAUCCCCAGCACCACAUACACACAUACACACACACACACAAAAGUAAAACAGGAAUAGUAGUAGUGACUUCAUAAGAUUGUUGUAAAGAUGAACUGAGACAGUGUUUUAGCACAGUGCCUGCUUCAUGCUAAGUGUUAAAAAAUAUAUAGAAAAUUCAGAAAAUAGUAAACUUAAUUGAACAUAGACUCAAAAGUACUUUUUUAGACUUAGCAAGUUUGGAUUUAGCUGCAAAAAAUAUAUAUAUGCCUUUAACAUAUCCUUUUUGUGGUUUGGCAUUCAUUUCAAGGAAAUGUUGAUCCAAAUCACAUCAAUGCUGCUAUUUCUUCAUAGUAAACAGGAUUUUUAAGUUGUUAAAAUGAUAGUAAAAGGUUGGAUGUUAACCUAGGAUUGAUCUGAAAGCCAGGAAUCCUCUUUAAAGGCAAAGUCUCUACUAGAAUUUGUUUGUACAACAAAACAGAAAUAGAAAGCCCUGGCAUUUGCUAAGACUGGCUCCCUCCCUAAGGGGUCUAUUUAGUUAUAGGAGGUAUGAUUCUAAGACUGGUUUUCAACCUAUACCACGUGUUAGCUUUUCAUUGCUGCAACCAAAAUACCUGACAAAAACAACUUAGACUUACUAUGAAAGAACAACAACAACAAAAAUAAGUAACGUAGAGGAGAAAAAGGUUGUUUUGGCUCAAGCUUUUGGAGAGGUCUCAGUGCAUGGAAGACCGACUCCAUUGCUCUGGCCCAAGGGGAGGAAGGACCUGGUGGAGGGAAGCUGCUCAGCUCAUGGAUCUGGUGAGAUCAGUGCCCUCAUCACUGCCUGCAAGUCCUAUCUACCUCUGAACCUUGCUACAUCCAGGACCAUGCUUCUAGCACAUGAUGAGUAUUUAGGAGUAUUCCAGAAACAAGCCAUAAUGAAAUUUUUCUCAACAAAUAUAAUUAAGUGAACCGUUUUUUCCUCAAGGCAACCAUGUUUCACAACAUUUUGAAGUGCAUGGUGAAUUUAAUUGUAAGGCUGGAUUUACUUGAUAACGUUUGUUUUAAUUUUCAAUUAUAUUUUUAAUUCAAGUUUUUAAAUGUGCCCUUAAAAGUUAAUUAUUGUGAUAUUAGUAAGAACAGCUAGAAAAUCCAAAUGUGGAUUAAGCUGUUAGAAAAUAUACCACCCUCUUAAAACAUUUUGCCAGUGUCGCACUGGAUUAAGAAAAUUCAAGCCAGGCACACUGGCAUAUACCUGUAAUUCCAGAGACUGGGGAGGCUGAGGCAGGAGGAUCACAAGUUUGAGGCCAGUCUCAGCAACUUAGUGAGACCCUGUCUCUAAAUAAAAAUUAAACCCAGUGGUAAAGCACCCCUGGGUUAAAUUAGGGUAAAUUUGGCUAGAAGCAUGCAUUUCAGAAGUAUGUAAUUCCUCAAUUUAAAAAAUUUACCUCUCUGAAAUGAAGUAUUAAAUUAUAUGUAACUGGGACAUUCUGUAUUCCUAGUGCAAGCCAUAAUCAUAACAGUGGGUGCCCCCUAUCUGAGGUGAGUGCCCCAAGACCCCAGUGGAUGCCUGAAAUCAUCUGUUGUCUUCCUGUACAUCAUACCCAUGAUAAAGUUUAUAAAUUAAGUAUUUAUCACAGAGAUUAACAACACCUUAUAAUAAAAAUUGUGUGUGUGUGUGUGGUCUGUCUCAUCUGCCAUGGAGGAAAUAGCAUAUACAGGGUGGAUACUCUGCACAAAGUGAUGGUCCUUAUCUCAGGACAGAAUAGGGCACCAUGAGCUCCUUUGUGCUAUGCAGACUACAAUGCAAAAACUGGGACUUUGUUACUUCUGUAAUUUUCUAUUAACAUUUUCAGGCUGCAGUAGACUACAGGUCACUGGAGCUCAGAGAGCAGAACCACCAUAGAUGAGGGACAGAAACGUUGUCUAAAAUGAGGCGCUUGCUCCCUCAGGAGAUGCUCAUCUGUGAAAAUCUGCUCUUGCCUCAUUUUAGUCACCCUCCAUGUGGUCAGGAAGAAAGCUUUGGAAACUGCUUUGGGGUGAUGUCAGUGUCCCCUUUCCCCGCUCCCCAUGUCUAGACAAGAGAACCUGAAACCCAGCCUGUGCUGGAUCCCUGGGCCACUCCGAGUGGCGGGGGAGGGCAGCCAAUCAGAAGCCUGCUUGGGGCACGUGCAACAAUGGCCUUCAGAGGAGGGUUGGCCUGGAAAACGGCUUUCAGACGAAACUGUCAUUUUAUUUAUGGAUCAGCUAUGGACAGACAUGGCACUUCUACUGUCUUCCAAAUAAUGUCACCCAGCCCCUUUCGUGUCUUCUGCACUCCUGGAAGAUGCAGUCCCUGAGUGGGCUCUGGCUUUCCUCGGCCUGGGAGAACAGAGAAGGCCUAUUUGAGGACCGUCUGCUGUCGCCGGGAAGUCCUGAGCACUGGUCCUGAGCAUGGGCACGCGGCGAGAAGAGCUGCAGGACCGGACCAUCGUCAGGAUCGCGGCUCACCUGCCCGACCUCAUCGUCUACGGAGACUACUCUCAGGAGCGACCCUCCGUGGACUACUUCGAUGGAGUCCUGAUGUUCGUGGACAUUUCAGGUUUCACUGCGAUGACAGAGAAGUUCAGCACAGCCAUGUACAUGGACCGCGGGGCCGAGCAGUUGGUGGAGAUCCUCAACUACUACAUUAGCGCCAUCGUUGAGAAAGUGCUGAUGUUCGGGGGAGACAUCCUGAAGUUUGCAGGUGACGCGCUGCUGGCGCUGUGGAAGGUGGAGCGGAAGCAGCUGAAGAACAUUAUCACGGUGGUGAUCAAGUGCAGCCUGGAGAUCCACGGGCUGUUCGAGGACCAGGAGGUUGAGGAAGGGCUGGACGUCCGCGUGAAGAUAGGGCUGGCUGCUGGCCACAUCUCCAUGCUGGUCUUUGGAGAUGACACACGCAACUACUUCCUGGUGAUUGGACAGGCGGUGGAUGAUGUGCGCCUUGCACAGAACAUGGCCCGAAUGAACGAUGUCAUUCUGUCACCCAACUGCUGGCAGCUCUGCGAUCGGAACAUGAUUGAAAUUGAGAGGAUUCCGGAUCAGAGAGCAGUUAAGGUUAACUUCUUAAAACCACCCCCUUCUUUUAACUUUGAGGAAUUUUUCACGAAAUGUAUGACCUUCAUGGAUUAUUAUCCUGGUGAACACAAAAACUUCCUGAGGCUUGCCUGCAUCCUGGAUUCUGAUCCUAAACUGGAGAUGUCCCUACAAAAGUAUGUGAUGGAAAACAUUUUGAAGCAGAUCGACGACAAACAACUUGGGGGUUAUUUGUCUGAGCUUCGCCCGGUGACGAUUGUGUUCGUGAACCUGAUGUUUAAAGAGCAAGACAAAGCAGAGGUCAUAGGCACGGCCAUCCAGGAUGCCUGUGUGCAUAUCACUUCUGUCCUGAAGGUCUUCCGAGGCCAGAUCAAUAAAGUCUUCAUGUUCGACAAGGGCUGCUCCUUCCUCUGCGUCUUUGGCUUCCCGGGGGAGAAGGCCCCUGACGAGUUCUCCCACGCCUUGGAGAGUGCCGUGGAUAUAUUCGACUUCUGCUCUCAGGUCCACAAGAUCCACACCGUGUCCAUCGGCGUUGCCAGUGGGAUCGUCUUCUGUGGCAUCGUGGGGCACACCGUGAGGCACGAGUACACGGUCAUUGGUCAAAAAGUCAACAUAGCCGCCAGGAUGAUGAUGUACUACCCGGGAAUCGUGUCCUGUGACUCUGUCACCUACAACGGCAGCAACCUCCCAGCCUACUUUUUUAAAGAGCUUCCAAAGAAAGCGAUGAAAGGUGUUGGCGAUUCUGGGCCCGUCUAUCAGUGCUUGGGCCUGAAUGAGAAAGUCAUGUUUGGGAUGGCAUACCUCAUCUGCAACAGAAAUGAGGGCUACCCUUUGCUGGGGCGUGAUAAAGAGAUCAGAUACUUUAUGCGUACCAUGAAGGAAUUCUUGAUGUCUAACUGCAGCCGAAUCCUAAUGUACGAAGGAUUAUUUGGAUAUGGAAAAAGCCAGAUACUUAUGGAAAUUGAGUACCUGGCUCAAGGUGAGAACCACAGAACCAUUGCUAUCGCGUUGACUAAGAUCAGCUUCCAUCAGAACUUUUACACCGUCCAGAUACUCAUGGCCAACGUGCUGGGUCUGGACACUUGCAGACACUACAAGGAGCGGCAGACCAACCUUCAAAGCAGAGUCAGGAGGCUGCUGGACGAGAAGUUCCACUGUCUCCUCAACGACAUCUUCCACGUCCAGUUCCCUAUCUCUCGGGAGAUUUCCAAGAUGAGCACUUUGAAAAAGCAGAAGCAGUUGGAAGCACUGUUCAUGAAGAUCUUGGAACAGACAGUGAAGGAGGAAAGAAUCAUUUUCAUCAUCGAUGAGGCUCAGUUUGUGGACGUGGCCUCCUGGACCUUCAUGGAGAAGCUCAUCCGGACGGUCCCCAUCUUUAUCAUCAUGUCCCUGUCGCCCUUCGUGGGCCUUCCCUGUGCGGCAGCCAGUGCCAUCAUGAAGAACAGGAACACCACCUACAUCACCCUGGGGCCCAUGCAGCCCAUCGACAUCCGCAACAAAGUCUGCCUGGACCUCAACGUGCGCAGCAUCCCCAAAGAGCUGGAGACCAGGUACCUGGUGGAGGGCAGCUGCGGGAUCCCCUACUACUGCGAGGAGCUGCUGAAGAACCUGGACCGCCACCAGGUGCUCGUUUUCCAGCAAAUGGAGCCUGAGGAGAAGACCAAGGUGACCUGGAACAACCUGUUCAAGAAUUUCGUCAAGCCAACAGAGGAAUUAAAAGGGUUUUCUCUUAGAAACGAGGAGGGAAGUGAAGAAGUCUGUGACCUGGUCAGUGGGGUCAGACUGAAAAACCUGUCGCUCCCCGCGUCACUGAAAGAAAUCUCUCUGGUCCAGCUGGACAGCAUGAGCCUCUUCCACCAGAUGUUGGUGAGGUGCGCUGCCAUCAUUGGCCUGACCUUCACCACGGAGCUGCUGUUUGAGGUUCUCCCUUGCUGGAACAUGAAGAUGAUGAUCAAGGCCCUGGCCACCCUCGUGGAGCUGAACGUUUUUUACUGCUUCCGGAAUGGCAAGGAUCUUCGACUGGCCCUGAAGCAAAAUGCCACCUCAUUUGAGGUUCACCAUCGCUCCUCGUCUCUGAGACCCAGCGAGGAGAUGGCUCACAGCGAGGAGGAGGAGCUCCGAGAACUGGAGGGCGAGGUGAUUGAGUGCCACAUCAUUCGGUUCUCCCGGCCUAUAAUGCAGAAGACAGCCUACGAGCUCUGGCUCAAGGACCAGAAGAAGGCCAUGCAUUUGAAGUGUGCCCGCUUUUUAGAGGAGAAUGCCCACAGGUGCGACCACUGCAGAAGUGGGGACUUCAUCCCGUAUCACCACUUCAUGGUGGACAUCCGCCUCAACACCUUGGACAUGGACACCAUUAAGAAGAUGACUAAGCCUCGCGGAAUCCAAGCUAAAGAAGAGAUCAACUUAGCUAAAUCAGAGGUUCCUAAGAGAUCUGAGUUACUUCCUGAAAAUCUCAGUCCUGAAGAAAUAAAAGACAGGAUCUUGGGGUUCUUUGACCUCAUUAUAACCAGGCUGAGGACAGUCGAGGAAGACAUCAUCCCCCUGGAGUCCUGCCAGUGUGAGGAGGUCCUGGAGAUCGUCAUCCUGCCUCUGGCCCAGCAUUUUGUGGCUCUGGGAGAAAACAACAAAGCCUUAUAUUACUUCCUGGAAAUUGCUGCCGCUUAUCUCAUCCUGGGCGAUAACUACAUGGCAUACGUGUACUUGAACGAGGGAGAGAAGCUGCUGAAAAUUCUCAGGCAGAAGAAGUCCUGGAGAAGGACUUUUGAGUCUGCCACAUUUUACAGUCUCAAAGGCCAGGUCUGUUUUAACAUGGGCCAGAUGGUGCUUGCCAGGAAGAUGCUGAGGAAGGCGCUGAAGCUCUUCAACCGCGUGUUCCCCUACAACAUGAUCUCCCUGUUCCUCCAAACCCACGUGGAGAAGAACAGACACUUCCACUACCUGAACCAGCAAGGCUCGGACAGCUCCCCUCCAGGGAAGAAGAGGCUGGCCCAGCUCUACCAGCAGACCGCCUGCUUCUCCCUGCUGUGGCGCAUCUACAGCUCCAACUACUUUUUCCACUACAAGUUCUACGGCCACCUGGCGGCUGUGAUGCAGGUGAACUCCGCGCUGGAGACGCAGAACGACUUCCAGAUCAUUAAUGCUUACCUGGACUAUUCACUCUACCACCAGCUGGCUGGCUGCCAGGGCAUGUGGUUCAAGUAUGAGUUGAUGGCCAUGGAGCAGAUCGUGAACCUGCCGCUGAAGGGCGAGGGCAUUGAGAUCGUGGCCCUCGUGGCUGGUCGACUGGCCCACAUCAAAUACAUAAUGGGCCACCUGGACCUGGCCAUCGAGUUAGGCUCUCGAGCCCAUAAGUUGUGGUCACUACUUCGGAAUCCCAACAAACACUAUCUGGUCCUCUGCAGACUUUGUAAAUCGCUCUUCCUGAAAAGCAGAUACAAGCAGCUGAUCCAGGUGCUGGGGUGGCUGUGGGACUUUUCUGUGGCGGAAGAGCACAUCUUCACCAAGGCAUUUUUCUAUUUUGUCUGCUUGGACAUCAUGCUCUAUUCUGGCUUUAUCUAUAGAACGUUUGAAGAAUGUGUGGAGUUCAUUUGCCAAAAUGAAGACAACAGAAUUCUCAAGUUCCAGAGUGGAAUCCUCCUGGGACUUUACUCCUGUGUGGCUAUCUGGUACGCCAGGCUUCAGGAUUGGGAUGAAUUCCACACGUUUUCCAGCAGAGCCAAACCCCUGGUGUCAAGGAGAACCCCUACAGUUCUCUACUAUGAAGGAAUUUCCAGGUACCUGGAGGGGCAAGUUCUCUAUCUGCAGAAGCAAAUUGAACAACAGCUGGAGAAUGCCCAGGACUGUGGGGUGGAGCUGCUCAAGAACCUGGAGAGUCUUGUGGCUCAGAACACUACUGGCCCAGUCUUCUACCCGCGACUCUACCACCUGAUGGCCUACGUCUGCAUUCUGAUGGGAGAUGGGCAGAACUGCGACCUGUUCCUGAACACAGCCUUGAGGCUCUCGGAAACACAGGGGAACAUGCUGGAGAAAUGCUGGCUGAACAUGAGCAAGGAGUGGUGGUACUCCACCUUGGAGAGCUUGGAGGACCAGUGGCUUCAAACGGUGCUGAGCCUCCCUUCCUGGGAGAAGAUCCUGUCGGGCAAGGUAAACAUCCACGAUGUUCAAAAGAACAAAUUCCUGAUGAGAGUCAACAUCCUGGACAACCCUUUCUGACACUCCGGGAGGAGGCGGGCGGUGGCAAGAACCGCCCCCGACUCCUCGCCCACCUUCCUCUGCAGCCCGCCUCCUGCACGCUACGCUCCCAUGUUGGUUUCCUCUUUCCAGAGGGUCGAGAGGGGCUGCGGGGUCCUGCUCACUCUCCUAACUCCACCCACCCACGCACCUCCACCUCCCCUGAGCUUUGCAGCCUGUUUUCCAGCCCGGGCUGGUCGUAUCCUAUGGGAAAACGUCAGCACCAAGGCGGGUGGCAUCCCGAGCUGUGACACACAUGUUUCUAAUUAAUGUAUUAAACUCAAAAUGUUUAUUUUAAAAUG